CCGCCUCCUCCCAUCACACUGACUCAGACAGCGCUGCAGCGUGAUUCUGGGUACCGGCAUCGCAGCGGCUGGACUUCUCGCCUAGGGUUGUGUCGUUUCCUUGGCUCAUCAUGUCUGUGGUCGGCUUCGACCUGGGAUUUCAGAACUGUCAUGUAGCCAUCGCCAGAGCCGGCGGUAUCGAGACGGUGGCCAAUGAGUUCAGCGAUAGAUGCACCCCGGCUGUGGUUUCCUUUGGCACGAAAAACAGAACAAUUGGUGUUGCCGCUAAGAAUCAGCUGGUCACAAAUGCUACAAAUACAGUGUCCGGCUUUAAGGAGUUUCAUGGUCGAGAUUUCAAUGAUCCUUUUGUUCAGAGGGAGCGGAAUAAUUUGGCCUAUGAACUGGUUCAUACAAACAAUGGAGGAGUUGGGAUUAAGGUGAUGUACAUGGAAGAGAGCCAUGUGUUCAGUGUAGAACAAAUAAGUGCCAUGCUGCUCACUAAACUAAAGGAGACUGCAGAGAACAACUUGAAGAAGCCAGUCACCGACUGUGUCAUAUCUGUUCCCUCGUAUUUCACAGACGCCGAAAGAAGAUCAGUUUUAGACUCUGCGCAGAUAGUUGGAUUGAACUGCCUGAAACUAAUGAAUGACAUGACUGCAGUGGCAUUGGCCUAUGGGAUUUAUAAGCAAGACCUUCCUGCUCCUGAGGAGAAACCCAAAAUAGUUGUUUUUGUGGAUAUGGGCCAUUCAUCCUUCCAGAUAACAGCCUGCGCCUUCAAUAAGGGCAAAUUAAAGGUUCUUGGAAGUGCGUUUGAUCCAUAUUUAGGAGGAAGGAACUUUGAUGAGAAGCUAGUGCAGCAUUUUUGUGUGGAGUUCAAGACUAAAUACAAGUUGGAUGUGAAGUCCAAAAUCCGGGCUCUUCUGCGUCUCUCUCAGGAGUGUGAAAAGCUGAAGAAGCUAAUGAGCAGUAACAGCACUGAUAUUCCUCUUAAUAUUGAAUGCUUCAUGAAUGACAUAGAUGUGUCUGGGCGUAUGAACAGGUCAGAGUUUGAAGCCCUUUGUGCUGACCUCCUACAAAGAAUCGAUGCUCCUCUGCGAUCGUUAAUGGAGCAGAUUCAGCUUCGAGUUGAAGACAUCAGUUCAGUGGAAGUUGUUGGAGGGGCUACCCGUAUUCCAGCUGUCAAGGAAAGAAUUGCCAAGUUCUUUGGGAAAGAUGUCAGCACCACAUUAAAUGCAGAUGAAGCAGUUGCAAGAGGCUGUGCUUUACAGUGUGCAAUUCUGUCACCGGCCUUUAAAGUUCGAGAGUUUUCGGUGACAGAUGUAAUACCUUAUCCCAUCUCCUUGAAGUGGAGCACUGAAGCAGACGAGGCUGAAGGAAUUCAUGAAGUCUUCAGCAGAAACCAUGCCGCUCCUUUCUCAAAGGUCCUCACCUUCUAUAGAAAGAAUCCAUUUCAGCUGGAAGCCUUUUAUACAGACCCUGGCUCCAUCCCUUAUCCACAGCCUCAGAUAGGCCAGUUUGUUGUCCAGAACAUUUCUGCCACUAAAGAGGGAGAGAAUGCAAAGGUGAAGGUGAAAGUUCGGGUCAAUACACAUGGCAUUUUCAGUGUGUCCACAGCCUCCGUGGUAGAGAAGGUAGAGGUGGAGGACACUGAGGAUCAGUCUGUGGAGAAUGCACAGGACUCUAAGAAUCAGGACACAGACACUAUAGAGGAUGUAAGUAUUUCUAAGACUGUCCAGCAAGACCAUGCAGAAGCUGGAAUACAGCCCCAGGUACAAACUGAUGGACAUCCCUCUCCUCCUCCACCCGAACCCACCGGUGAUGAACCCAAAGUGGCUAACACUGAAAAACUAAAUGAAAAGAAGAGUGACAAGCCUCCGGAGGCCAAGAAGCCAAAGAUUAAGGUGAAGAAUGUUGAGGUGCCUAUUGAAACAAACUUUGUGUGGCAGCUGGGGAAAGACUUGCUCAACAUGUACAUUGAGAAUGAGGGGAAAAUGAUCCUCCAAGAUAAGCGGGAGAAAGAGAGGAAUGAUGCAAAGAAUGCUGUUGAGGAAUAUGUAUAUGAAUACAGGGAUAAACUCUCCGGACCCUACAGCCAAUUCAUCUCUGAGGAGGACCACAGCCGGUUUUCUGAGCUUCUGACGGCAACAGAGGAUUGGCUCUAUGAGGAUGGAGAAGAUCAGUCAAGGCAGGUGUAUGUGGAGAAGCUGGAAGAAUUAAAGCGAUUAGGUUCUCCUGUCCAUGAGCGGUAUAGAGAGUCGGAAGAACGCCCAAAAGCAUUUGAAGCACUUGGACAGAGACUGCAGCACUAUGCAAAGAUCGUAAAUGAAUACAAGAGCCAGAAUGAGGCUUACCAACAUAUCAGCACUGCAGACAUGGAAAAGGUGACAAAGUGUGUGCAGGAGACCACGGGAUGGAUGAAUAAUGCGAUGAAUGCUCAAGCUAAACAACAUUUAUACCAGAAUCCGGUUGUCUAUACCCAUGAGAUCAAAGCACAGUGUUCUUCAUUGGACAGCACUUGUCAUCGUAUAGUCACACAGCCAAAGCCGAAUGUAGAGUCUCCCAAGUCAGAAAAACCUGUAAAUGGUAUGAACCACAAGGAGGACAUCAAUACAGAGAAAAGCAAAACGGUCCCCCCUCCUCCUUCACAGAAUGGAGAAUGCCAUCCAAAUGGGAAAGAAAACGUCGACAUGGACUUGGAUUGAUUGGGCCUAACCCCCAUUUCCUCUUACAGGGACUCACUGGAAUCUGUUCCCGGUUCUUUUAGCUCAUUACAGGUCACAUUUGGAAAUGCAGAUCU